CUUGACCAAUAAAAAAAUAUCUAAACCUUAGUGUCCAGUGUCCAUUAGCAUUUAGCAACAUAUUACAAUACCUAGCUUGAACAAAUAGUGUGGUUAAUUAUCCUUUUAAUUUCCAAUGGUUUCUACGUUGUGCCCAACACCUUCACGUCUUGGUGCUAAAAAAUUUCCUGUUCAAACUUUAAAAUGUUUAAGCAUCGGCAUUGAAUUAGAAAGCCGUUCAAAUACAAAUCGAAAACAUUUGAGGCUCAAUUAUGUGUUCCAAUUCCAAGGCCCUCCUCCUGCUCAUAAAUAUUGCCUUGUCACUGCAAAGGGUACAAAUGGUAACCAACGAAACACAAAACCAAAUAGUGUGAUUUGUGCUGAUUGUGAUGGAAACGGGGCUGUUCUGUGCUCUCAAUGCAAAGGUAGUGGAGUGAACUCUGUUGAUAUUUUCAAUGGACAGUUUAAAGCUGGUGACUCCUGUUGGCUUUGCGGAGGUAGGAAGGAGAUGUUAUGUGGCAAUUGCAAUGGAGCUGGCUUUGUUGGUGGCUUCAUGAGCACUUAUGAUCAGUAGGGAGGGUGCCAACCAGUUCAGUACAUAUAUGCAUAUAUGUUGUUGCUUCAAAUACUUUCCACUCUUUAAAUUUUCUGUUUCGUAAUUCGUAGUUCACUUGUAGCCAUAGUGGUUUCUAGAAAACAAAUAAACAAAAACAUGCAGGACACCAUCAUACUGAUGCUUGAGGAAACAUAAAUGUUUUAAUGUAUUGCUUUUUAGUUCAAUUCA